GGGUGUUUGUCAGUGUGCUUCCCAAGCAGCUGGAUUCCAAACUCGGUCCUAGCGAGUUGUGUGUGCCGCGCUGCGAUUCCUGUGUACCCGAGGCUAGCUACCAAAAGACUUCAGACCCGUGUUCGGCCAUGCUUCGGAUGCUCGGACGAAUCGACGAUGCUUCGUUCAUUCAGCUACAGCUACUACUAGCUAUCAACAGAGAACGAAUAUCACGUCGGAUUCGUCCGUCAGUGAAGGCAUCCGCUCGCUGUCCUGAAUUGUCUUGCUGUGCUCCCAGGAAAAACUGUGCGGAAUGUGGCUCGCCACGGUGCCAGGGCUCGGAGUUGGGAAAGGAGCACACCCUGACCUUGCGUGAGAGAAGUCGGCACAAAGAGCUGUGGAAAAAAGCAACCUUACGCUUAGCCCUUAUCUUCCUGCGCAACUCGCAUCAUGUUGCAGACUGGUGGUGGUGAUGCCAAAUCACCUGUUUCACCCGGACCCUGUCCGAUUCCUGAAGUGUCCCGCUGGCUACUUACGAAUGUCCACCUACACGAAAAGGAUGUCCUUGAGCGGAGAGCGGCGUACAGCAUGAUUGCGGCAACAUGGAGAUUGGAAAGUGUGUCGGUGAAAAUUGCGGCUGAAAACGCCGAUCUGGCCAGUCGUCCUUUGGAUGAUCCGGCAACGAGAAAGCAGCUUGUCAUGGCCGUCGCUUCCGAGGCGGCCUUCUUGUCCUCCUUGCGCCAUGAUCGAAUCGUUCAUUUGUACGGGGUGAUGCAACAUCCUAAGAGCGGUUUGCCGUGCUUAGUGCUAGAAAGACUGUAUGAGAGUGUGGAACAAAGACGUCGCAGAGGCGCAGCAGUGAUGACGCUGAAAGACAUAGUGGACGUGAGCAUGAACAUCUGUGAUGCACUGUACUACCUGCAUCACGAGUUCAAACCUGCCGUUGCACACAGGGACUUGUCUUCAAAGACCGUACUACUGACUGGCACGGGUCAGGCAAAGCUUGGUGGACUCUCUUCGGCACGUGCUCUUGCCGGCAAGCAACCAGCGACCAAACUGCCAGGCGCUGAUGAGUACAUGCCCCCGGAGACAGCUCUCGGUGAUAUGCCGGUGUAUAGCACAAAGAUUGAUAACUUUUCCAUCGGUGUGUUGAUGAUAGAGUUGGUGGUGAACAAGCCUCCGACACCGAAGGGAAGGUUUAUCAGCAAGGCCCGAGGCGUCGCCAUUGUGCCGGAAAUCAAGCGGCGAGCCGAAGAGCUAGCCAUGGUGAAAGAUACACAGCCGCGUAUGCUGCCCGUUAUUCAACUGUGUUUGCAGGAGGAAAAGAGAAGACCAAACUCUAUUGAGCUGGACGCGGCCUUGAAGAACGUCCAGUCCACCAUUGAUUACCUGGAGUCCAGGUUCACGUUGUGCGAGUCAACCUCACCACCGGCGUACGACUGCGCUGCUGGUCCAUCUCGUGUCGAGGGCUCCAAAAGUCCACCGAAGCCACAGCGAAGUUUUCCAAUGCUGCUCAGGCCGCGACCUGUUGCCUUGGAGAAGCCGUCACCGCGCACCUCCAAUUCUUCCCUCACGGCUUCAACGACUGACGAAAUCACCUACGACGCACCCUGCGAUACCCUGGGAGACGGCGAUGGCUACUCCAAGAUCGACAACUUGGCCAACGUUGACAAAGGCUAUUCAAAGAUUGAUGGCCUGGCUUUGACAAUUGACGGUACCGUACGAAACUGUGUCAGUCCGGAUGACGAUAGCCCAAGUGAAUGGGACUCAGAAUCACCGACCUAUGACUCAGUGGAUGAAACAGACCUGGACAAGAUAGUCGGUAGGAGGCGUUCCAGGCGAGGAAGGGGCGGCGCGAAUACAAGCCAGCAGCCAGUGGAAAGCACUAGCGUGGAUGAGCUUGCGUACGAAGAUGGAUACCGGGUGCCGGCAGAUUGCAAGUUGGAUGGAUACUUUCCGACUCCUGAUGAUUCUGAUCAUGUCUACCAGGACGUGGCGGUAGAACACACUAGUAAUCCAAAGAAGAACAAGCCGAGAGCCAAGAAGCCAGUAGGAACCUCAAUAAGCAAUCCGACCUAUGCCAACAAUGCUGCCGUGUCCAAACACAAGUAUGAAGAGAUACCCAAUGUGUCAGAUCUGAUGAUCAAAUCAAGCGACGGAGCAAUCUCAGCUCCCCUUCCUCCUUUGGCCAUGAAGUUCCAUAGUCAACUGCAGCCCAAUGACCAGUCGCCUGGCAAGAAGGAAGCCAAAGCAGCGCAAAUCCCUGAUACCAGCACCAUUCCGUCGUCAGCCAGCACCAAUCGCUACGUGACUGCCCCAUGGACACAGCAAAUAGCGGCGCAUAGCUUCACAGCCAGCAAGCCCGAGCAAGCGAAAUCCUCGCCUUCAGGAAUUCGUCGAGCAUCAGAUGGUGACAGCAAUCACCACCACCAUCCUCCCCACCAUCAACACCAUCACCAGCAGGGACCUCCUUUACCUGGUGGGGAGACUAAUGUCACUUCAAGGCAUGUCUCGUUCGACGUGAAUGCAGUCAGCACAGAUUAUGAAACUCCAGAGGCUGAGCUAUUGGAGAAGAAACCAGUUCCACCGCGACCAGCUAAGACCCGUUCCAACCCAGAUUUGUCCACAUCAGCACCCCGCCGCCCACCCUCUACCGAAUCUCCAAAACGUGUUCCAAAACGCCCAGUGAGAACCGUACCUACCAGUCCACCAUCACAAGCUGAACCAAACUCCGAUGACGAUUAUGAACACCCCGGAACACCUGGCAUGUCACUCGUGUCGAUGGACGGAUCUCCUAUCCCAGGCAGUGUCAUUCAUGGUAUGUCUUGUGAUGACCUACCACCACCGCCGACCUCUCCACCCAUGCUACAGCCAGGCCUCAAGUCUCCGUCACGCAGUCAUAGUGCUCUCAUGACACUACCGCCCGUGGCUGAGCAACAAGGCAGCCAUGGCAGCCAUGGCAACCAUGUAAACCACGGUAGCCAUGGCAGCUCACACAGCCAUGGCACAGUCACUGGUCAUGGUGCUCAUAGUCAUGGAGUGGCGCAUCAUCAUGCUCGACCAUCGGCUGUACCACCACAAGUGCGGAGUCCGCCGACGCGACGCUACUCCAGUGAUGAUGUCAUCAAGUCCAGCCCUGCAAAUCACCAUGAGUCACAUAGAGCAGCCACUGACAGCGGCGACUGGUUCCACGGGCCAUUGUCGCGAGAAGAGGCCGAGGAAAAGUUACGGACUACAGCUGUUGGCUGCUUCCUUGUACGCAGCGGCCGCACUCAUGCUGGCUUCACAAUAUCAUGGAGGUCAGCGCAGGCUGGCAAGGCAGUCAAGCAUGUGAUUGUUGAUCAGCCGCGGCCUGGCGUAUUUCAGCUAAGACACUCUCUGACUGUGUACUCGUCCAUGGAAGACUUGAUAAGGCAUCACAGAAUGGAGCCGCUCACCAAUGUUGUCAGUGAUGUUCUUGGAGCGGGGGUCAGCCCGUAACACAACUACAUGUACAUGUACGUUCUCUUGCUCUCUUUUCGUCUUGCCAUCAACUCCAGAACACAUGCAUGUGCAUGUCCUGUGUUAUGUUGGUCAAUAUCUACGGAAUGCCGUAUCUUUUUUACUCUCAAGUUCCCCUUGUGCACGGUGCCUGCUUUGGUUCUUUUGGUUUUCUUUGACAUUGGUCCUGCACAGGGCAGUGCAGAUAGCGUAUACCGUUUCAGUAUGAUGGUGAUAAUACAGAUACAGAUAAUACGCACGCGUGUGCCAAGUAUGCCCCAUGAAGUUAUAUGGAACUGGGAAGGAUUCUCUUUCUAUUCAGUUUAUACAUGGAGGAUGUAAAUUCAUAGCUUUGUACAAUGUUUCGCACUCGACUGAGUGUAUCAACCGGUGAAGCUGUCCUGCGUUUCACAGUACCUGCGUCUCCAAGGUGAUACUUCUGCACACACACCGUCCUCUGCCGCCUUAUAAUUUUCAACUCCUUGAUUUACGCUGAGUAAGGAUGAAAUAUCAUGGUUGUAUCGUCCAUACUGCUUGGCAUCCUGAUGCUGUCACAGAUUAAAAUAUAUUUGAACACCCGUUGCAUUUUGAGCUAGUUUUCCACUGGAUCAGCGGAUCUUCUUGUCUGCAAUCAGUAGGAACAGCAUUGCUGUCGUCACACA